UCCAACGGACCAAUCCCUAUUCAAUAAUUUGACGGAAAAUAUAGUUUUAUGUUGGUGCUAAUGAUGAAAGAUUGCAGUUGGCGCCAAGUAAUUAUCAGUAACUUUCUUAUUUCACCUGCAAUAUGAAUAAAAAUAAAAUAUAUAAAGGUAUUAAGUUUCGUGAGUUGAAUUAUAACAGUAUACCAAAUCAACAAGCUACUGAACCAGUAAGGAGUAAAGAAGACGUGUUAAAAUUAUUUGAUAAUGUUACCGGUAAUUCUGCUUUUGCUAAUGAAAACAAUGCUUCCGAAAUUAAUGUUCAAAAAGGAACAAGUUUUGAAAGUUGUAAAGAAAUUGAGAAGAUUAAUGAGCCGAUUGCCGCUGAUAAGGACAUAGUUAAAAACAUUUUUUCUAAAUCUGCACUGAAAACAAAAUUAGAUAUUGUAAGAGAACAGUUCCCUAAAGUUCAAUCAAAUACUGUUGAUACUUCUACACAAAAAACAAAUUAUGUUAUUAACUGUGAUAAAAGAGUUUACAAUGUUAUGGUUGGUAAAAUUUCAACUAGAAAACACAAGCAGUGGGAUAGUGAUGGAAUUUUAGAAGUUAGUGGAAAAAUUGCAGUAUUGAAGGAUAUUAAUGGAAAAUAUAUGGGUAGAACCACAGUCAAACCAGAAACUGUUGAAGAUGGUGUCAGGCUGUGUAUAGGAGGAAAAGAAAUAGAGAUAGUGGAACUGACAUCAAUUCAUAACAUUGAAUAUAGCCAAUCCAAUCAAGAAAGAACAAGUAAUAAAUCUGCAGAGCCACCAUCUAAAAAACCAAAAAUAUCUAAAGGUUUUGUUCCUGUGAGAACUGGAUCAAGUUUGCAUUUUAAUUAUGAACCUCUUAUUAUGCCAAAUCCAUCCUUCGAUGAAGUAUGGUUAGAACAAAGUGUUGAUCAGAAGAUCCAUGAAGUUGCUGUUGACAGCUGCUUAUCUGCUGUAUUGAGGCCUCAUCAACGAGAAGGAGUUGUUUUUUUGUAUAAACGUGUAAUGGGAAUGUAUGACAAUAGGUAUAAAGGUGCAAUAUUAGCUGAUGAAAUGGGUUUAGGAAAAACUCUUCAAUGUAUAUCACUCAUUUGGACUCUGCUGAAAAAAGGUCCUCAUGGAAAGCCAGUAUUGAAAAGAGUGUUGAUAAUUACUCCUAGUAGUUUAUGUGGAAAUUGGAAUAAAGAAUUUAAAAGGUGGCUGGGUUCCAUAAAAAUAUCACCAUAUGUUGUUGAAGGCAAACAGAAAGUUAAAGAUUUUACAAAAACACCAAGAGCUUCUGUUAUGAUUAUUAGCUAUGAAAUGUUUGUUAGAAAUUUUGAUGACAUAAAUAGUUUGAAUUUUGAUUUGCUAAUUUGUGAUGAAGGUCACAGAUUGAAAAAUAGUGAAGUAAAAACUUUGAAAUUUCUUAAUCAAUUAAAUUGUAGAAGACGAAUUUUGCUCACAGGUACACCUGUGCAAAAUGACUUACAAGAAUUUUACACAUUAGCAAAUUUUGUAAAUCCCAAUAUUCUUGGUAGUUUCAGUGAAUAUAAAAACUACUAUGAGCAGCCAAUUGUGAUAUCUCAGCGCUCAACAGCAGAUAAAGAAGAAAUAGAAUUAGGACAAGAAAGAGCUAAAGAAUUGUUUGUUAGAUCAAAAACAUUCAUUUUAAGACGCACAAAUAAUUUGAUAAAUAGUUAUCUACCUCAAAAACAUGAAUUAGUCAUAUUCUGUCGACCUACAGCUGAACAAAAUAAUUUGUACAGCUUAAUAUCAGACUAUUGGUUUAAUAGAUCUAGACUUGAUGCUGGUGUAAUGCCUUUGACUGUUAUUACUGCUUUAAAAAAAGUUUGCAAUCACCCUCAUCUAUUUACUAGUGAAAAUAGCAAUAUUUUAAAGGAAAUCCUACCUUCUGUUCCAACCCAUCUAUCUGCAAUAAACAGUUCAUUUACAUAUUCAAGUAAAUUUAAAGUAGUGCAAGCAAUUUUCCAAGCAUUAAAAAAAACACAAGAAAAAGUUGUAUUAGUAUCCUAUUUUACACAAACCUUAGAUUUCCUAGAAAAGGUUUGUUGUUCAGAAGGACUGCAAUUUUGUAGAUUAGAUGGGAACACACCAGCAACUUCCAGAACUAUAUUAGUAGAUAGAUUCAAUUCCAAAAAUAAUACAACUUGUCGUGUUUUUCUUUUGAGUGCAAAGGCAGGAGGAGUAGGUUUGAAUUUGGUGGGAGCUUCAAGAUUGAUUUUGUUCGAUUCAGAUUGGAACCCCGCAAAUGAUGCUCAAGCUAUGGCUCGUAUUUGGCGCGAUGGUCAGAAAAGAUCGGUAUAUAUUUAUAGAUUAUUAACUACUGGAACUAUUGAAGAGAAAAUUUAUCAGCGCCAGAUCAGUAAAACAGGACUAAGUGAGGCUGUAGUCGAUGCAAAUCUUAUUGCAUCUUUAAAAUUAUCGGCAAAUGAUUUAAAAGAUUUGUUUACCUUGGAUAGUAAAACUAUAUCUGUAACACAUGAUUUGAUGGAGUGUUCAUGUUUAGGAACAGGCGACAUACCUGAUAAAAUACAAGAAAAAUUUGAUACAGACAGUUCAAGAAACUGUCAAUUUGAUCUUAAUAAAAAACAGCCUCAACAACAAAUAACGAUAAAUCAGCUGCUUAGUUGGCAGCAUUACAAGCAACCAAUUUGUUCUAAUUUGAUGAAGGAAUUUAUGCUGACCCAAGUUAAAGAAUUUAUAACAUUUAUUUUCAAACACUCUACAAACAACUAAAAAAUUAAACUUCCGUUCAGAAAUAAUAAAAGUGCUAUAAAGAUAAGAUAUAGCAC